AUGAGCGGGAGGGCCAGAUGAGCCACGUCUCCUCCUUGGACAGCCUGAACGGGACGCGCACCAGCAGCGACUCGGGCAAGGAUCCAGAAGGGCCGGGGGGGCUGAGCGUCCCCUCCGACUCUGCGGGCCCCAGGGUUAGCCCAGAGAGACGGGGGUCAGGACCGGGGCCCGUCGUGGCCAGAAGGAAGAGCUCCGACACGGGCAAAGAGCCCAGAGUGGGCUCCUGGCAGGAGAGGAGGUCCUGCAGCUCUUUGUCCGAGAAAGAAACAGCUGAGUCUCCGGUCAGCAAUGGCUGCUUCAACAGUGUGGGGGAGGAUGAUCAAAAUGCGACUGAGAAGUGCGGCAAGUCAAACGGAGUCGAACACGCCGAUCCGGGAGAGGACGCACACGCCGCCGUCUGCACCGCCCCGGUCAACGGCAGCACCGACGCCGAGUGCUAAGAUGGACUCCGAGGAUCCCGGGCUUGUUUCUGUAACCUGAUCCACGCAUUUAUUGGUUUAGGGUGGUUCACUGCGUCAGAACCAGAAUGGAAGACUUUGUGGUACUUUUGUGUUCAGGAUUU